AUGCCUGGGAGGGUUCUGCCAACAAUCAGCUCGGCCGCGGUUCAAUCUCACAAUACCGCUAAGUCGUGCUACAUUACUUUGGGCAACAGCGUUUACGAUGUCACCGAUUUCCUUGGUGAUCACCCGGGCGGUGGUGAUCUGAUCUUGGAUUAUGCAGGCAAGGAUGUGACGGAUAUCCUAAAGGACGAAAUCUCGCACGAACACUCUGAUGCUGCCUACGAAAUUCUCGAAGAAUACCACAUUGGCUUUGUCGGUGCCGCUGCGCCCCAAAAGACCACGACCACCGUUAUUGAGACUGUGACUGAGACCGAGGACGGUCCCAUCUAUACAAGCACCGGAAUGUCGCGCGCGGAGGACUUGUCAAUCGAUACAGAUCAUUCUCAAGACUACAAGACCCACAAGUUCCUGGACCUGAACAAGCCACUUUUGAUGCAACUGUGGAACAGCAACUUCUCUAAGGAGUUUUAUCUCGAGCAAAUCCAUCGGCCUCGUCACUAUAAGGGAGGAGAAUCUGCCCCUCUGUUCGGCAAUUUCCUCGAGCCUCUCAGCAAGACCUCGUGGUAUGUCGUGCCAAGUAUCUGGCUGCCUCCCGUUGCAUAUGGAACCAUGGUCGGAGCUGCUGGACUGGGCAGCUCAUCGGCGGCUGCUGCCUACUUCGUUGGCGGCGUUUGCCUAUGGACCCUGAUCGAGUAUCUGAUGCACCGAUUCCUCUUCCACAUCGAUAACUGGCUUCCUGAUAACCGUGUUGGCCUGACGCUUCACUUUUUGCUCCACGGAAUUCACCAUUACCUUCCCAUGGACAAGUACCGUCUUGUCAUGCCCCCAACUCUAUUUGUAGUCCUGGCUGCUCCAUUCUGGAAACUCGCACACGCAGUCUUUGCCUACAACUGGUAUGCAGCUGUCUCGGUGUUUUGCGGCGGAGUGUUUGGGUACAUCUGCUAUGAUCUCACCCAUUAUUUCCUUCACCACCGCAAUCUUCCCUCCUACUACAAGGAUCUCAAGAAGUAUCACCUCCAGCACCAUUUCGCAGAUUUCGAAAAUGGAUUCGGCGUGACCAGUCGGUUCUGGGACCGAGUUUUCGGUACUGAGUUGGUGACCCCUGCCCCCAAGGGCGGGAAGGCUCAGUGA